AAGAAAAGGGGGGAAAGACCCCCCCAGCAAAACUCUACUGCAAAGCGUUGACAACGGAGCAGGGCUUUGCAAAAGCGCAGUUGGCAAACGAAGGAUCCGCACGGGUAGCAUCCAUUCACUUUCGCUUGGAGAAAAAAGAAUUAUAUGCAUUUGUUUCAGAGUAGCUUCUGUUGUUAUUUCUUCCCUUGCCUUCGAUCCUUUCUUUUCUCCCAACCCUCAGUUGGUACACUGCUCUGCAAUAAGACAAAUUCUGCUUGAACAUCAGGGAGGUUUCGCCCCCUCUCCCCUCCCCACCCCCUCUCCUUUCCCCUCCCCGUCUCUGGCUUAUGCAAGGAUUUGGUGGUGGGGUGUUUUGUUUUUUUUGUUUUGAAGUUUUUCCUCUCCACUGGGGUCGAGUUUAAAGACGGCUUUUUUAACCCCUCUCUCUUUCCACAAGAUCGAGGGUGGGGGAACAUAUUUUAUUAUUUUUAAAGACGCCGCUUCAACCAACGUAGACAGCAAAGAAGGCUGGAGACAACUAAGGCGAUGUCCAACGUACGGAUCUCGAAUGGAAGCCCUACCCUGGAGAGGAUGGAAGCCAGGCAGGCGGACUACCCCAAGCCCUCUGCCUGCAGGACCCUCUUCGGCCCUGUGGAUCGCGAAGAGCUGGCCAGGGAGCUUCAGCAGCACAGCCGGGACCUGGAGGAGGCCAGUCGAAGGAGGUGGAAUUUUGACUUUUACAGUUACCAGCCCCUGGGAGGCAGGUACGAGUGGCAAGCCGUGGGCCAGGAUACCCUGCCUGAGUUUUACAGCAGACCCCCGAGGCUGAGCAAAGCCCUGGCCAAGUCCGCUAGCCAGAAGCCGCACUUCGGGGGUUUGGACGUCAACGGCAACUGCUCCUCAGCGGGAUUUAUACGCUCUCAGGGAAGCUCUGAUGAAGAGGACGUUCUGGGUCCCGAGCAAAAGACUGAGACAGCGGGACCUCAAAUGGAUUUAGCGGGCCAGAGCGCUGGGCAAAGGAAACGACCUGCUUCGGAUGAUUCCUUUCCUCAGAACAAAAGAGCCAACAUGACAGAAGAGGUGAUUUCAGAAGACGCUCCCAGUGCCAGUUCAGUGGAACAAACACCCAAGAAAUCCAGCCCAAGGCGGUGUCAGACGUAAAUUGUUUAUUAGAAUUAAGAACAUUUGUUUCCUUGUUCUUUGGAGGCAUCGGGUUCAUGAAGCAAGGAAGAUGCAGAGUGUGAGUGUGUGUGUGUGUGUGUACAAGCGUGUGUAUAUGAGAGAAAGAAAGAGAAAACAUAUCACUGAUUCUCCAUGGGAUGGAGAACUCAUACAAGCACUGAAACAAACCUAUAAUUGAGUAACACUAAAGUCAGGCACUCUUAAAAGAUCUGCCUCUUAAAGCAUUGGAUGUAGCAUUCUGCAAUUAGGUUUUUCCUCAUUUGCUUCAUUGUACUACCUGUGUAUAUAGUUUUUACAUUAUGUAGCACAUAAACCUCUCUUCCCUACCCUCAUCUUUUUUGUCUGUCUGUCCUGGGAAGGGUGGAGAUCAUGAAAGGUGAUGGGUUCAAAAUCUGUUUCCAAAUCCCAGCAAGCAAAGACUUUUAUGAAGAGAAGAAGCAUGCAUGUUUAAUUAUUUCUUAAAGAUGUAUUGUCCCUUUUAAUGGAGACAAAGACUUUAAACAAAAAAUCAACAUGUUAACACUGGUUACAGUAGAUUAAUGGAAUCUGCUGUUGAAAUUUCAUUUCAUUUAAUUAAAGACAUAAUCCAGUGGGUACAUUUUUCUGUGCUAAAACCUACCACAAAGAAUGGGGGCUGAGAAAUAAUACAUUCAUUUUAAUGGGGCUUUUCCAGGAAAAUAUCCCAUGGGAUUAUGUCCUAAAUUGUAUGUAGAAACUCUUUCUAUUAUGUAGCAGCAUAAAGGGGUCCCACCCCUGAAAUACGUUAAAGUGCCCUUUUCUAAAAUGUUUUCACCAUCUGUAAUAUUUUACACUUCAAAAACAUCAGGAAAAGUUUCUUCAUUGUCAGAGCAAUAUGACAGUGUAACCAUUUGCCUAGAGAGGUUGUGGGCUCUCCCACACUAAAGACAGUUGAAAGGAAACAGGACAGUCAUCUGAGAGGAACGGUGUAAAUUGGUGACCUGCAACAGCAGGGGUUUAGACCUGAUGGCCUUCUUGGCCCCUUCCAACUCUACUAUUCCAUGAUUCUAUGAUCAUUUAAAUUCAUGUUCUGAAUAGAAUGGAGGAAUUUCAGCCUCUUCAUCUCAGACACUUCUGAUGUUCAUGGGUGGGUAAAUGAAAAGGAAUACUACAUCUUUAAACAGUAUUUUUACAUUGCUUUUGUUUUUUUAAAUAAAAGUUUUGAAAUGUACCUGUGUACAUAACUUUGUAAAGACACUGAGAAAUUAUACUAACUUAUUUAUGUUAAAAGAAUUUUUUAAUCUAGAAGAUAUUUUCCCAUAAAGCCAAAGCGGCAUGUGUUUUUGUGCAUUUGUAAAUGCUCUAUUUGGUAGGGUUUUGUUUUUUAGUUGGGGGGAUUUGUUUUAAUUAAUAUGGCUGUGCUUAAAUGAUUGCAGACUGAGCCAAGUUUAAUAUUUUUUGUAAUGUGUGAAAACAGUUGCCAAUUGAUAUUGUUUUACAUCAAGCAAUCAAUAAAGAAAACUGCCAUAUAUAAA